CCGCCUGUCUCACUACUCCCUCAUCUAUCCCACUCCCCUCCUUACCACCACCGCCCUUUGGCGCAGACCCGUCCACCUCGGCGCGCAAUGCUCACCGAGCCGCUCUCGCGACGCGAGAUUGGGCUCAUCUUCUUCUCCAUCCUCGUCCUCAGCGUCACCUACGGCUUGCGCAUUACGGGAGCCCUCGAUGGAGCCGAGUUGUUCAGGGAGUCCGUUGUGCAGGAAGUGCUGGUUGCGGAGGUGAUGGCGCAUGCGCACAAUGGCACUCGGCGGCACAGGCAUCACCAUAUUGCUCGGGCGUCUAAUUUGGAGGCAAUAAACCAUUCGGAACUGGAGGCAACCAUGGACGAAGCGCUCAUCCAAUGGGGAACCGAUGUACCCGAGAGCAAGAUGCGCGCGCAGUCUCCAGGGUACAAUGUGAUCGACAACGUCGUCCUCUUCAAUAAGACGAUGUACAUCGUCACAGAUAAACCCGACACAUUCCCCCCUCUGAAGACCAUCGUCGCCUCCACCGGCCAGACCUACAAUGAGUGGAAAAUCAUCAGCAAGAAGGAUGCUCCCAACUCGCUAGGCACACAUGCCGGAAUCAUGCGCGGCGUAACUUGGAUGGCCGCCGACGCCGAUGUGCACAACGCCACGCUCUUCGCGCUCUGGCGCACCUACGCCUCCCUCGACCCCAACACCGGCGCCGACUCCCGCACCGCCCUCACACCCCCCACCCGCCUUUUCUUCCCCCAAAUCCGCGUCUACUGCGACUCCAACCCGCCCUUCCAGGACUACUGGAUCCGCCGGCGGCGCUCCGACACAGGCUUCCACCCCUUCACUUUCAAGGCUGCCUUUCCUCACCUCUCUACCCUCUUCCUCGAGACAUGGGAGGACUACCACCAGAUGGAGGUGCCGUACUUCAUCGAGCGCAUCGUGAUCGCGGAUCGGCGGGCGGCGCUGGAGGCCGGGAAGGGCACCUAUGGAGGCGCGCUGGAGCUGCCGGCGAGCAAGCACUGGUGGGAGCCGAAGCGGCGGACACUGGCGCAGUAUUUCGAUACAUACGAGGAGGCGAACUCGAAUAAGAGGGUAAUCACGUACAUCCAGAGGCAACAUGCGACGACGGGGUCCCGGCUGAGGGCGGAGGACCAUGCGGCGCUGCUUGAUGCAUUGGGCAAGCUAGGGCGCGAGGUGGAGGUGCAUGUGGACUCGGACGAUGAUGAAGAGACGAGCUGGACGAGGAGGUUGAGCUCGAUUACGCGGUCGGAGAUCAUCAUCGGCGUCCACGGCGGGCAACUGAUGGACGCGGUCUACAUGAAGCCCUCGCCGCGUUCAACGCUCCUGGAGUUUUUCCCUGCGAACACCUUUUGCUCCGACCGACAGUUGGCCAUGCAGUCUCUCGGCAUCGACUAUCACGCUUGGACGGAAACCAGACCCUACACGCCCGACGCCUCCACUCAGCACAACCAAGAGCCCAACGGGGGCACUAUCGCCAUAGAUGUGGACGCUGUCAUGGCGACCGUUCGCCAACGAUUGCUAGCAUCCUGAGCGCCCGAGAGUAAGUAGUAGGAGUUUGCGUACGCGAGAGAAGCCCGAGCGCGUCGGUAGUCGUCUGGUCAGCUCAUUGGCGGAAGGGGCAGAGAAGGGCUGCGAAGAGGGAGGGAUGGCACCGACCUUCCGAGGAGAUAUCGUAGUUCCGCCGGGAGAGGAUUCAAUGGAAAUUGCCGGAGGACGAAGGGUGUUCGCGGGUGACCACAUUGUCUUUCCUAUUGUACAUUACAGCCGGCUGCGAGUGUCACAUAUUCAGUACUAUAGCCGUACAUGCACCCUACUAGACUAGGAUCCAGGGUAACAUGUUGUCGAUGAAGUGAGGUGACUGCCAGCUGCGCACGCUGCAC